AAAAGUAGUCGCGAGUACUUCUUGCAAUUUUCACUAAUACUCCAGUCGAACGGUUGUUUUGCUCUCGCCAAGAACUACCGUGCAGCACGUGCGUCUCUUGCUCGGCGGUACGAUCCGGUGAAUGGGUAGUACGACCGGUACUCGUUUAUCGAAGAAAAUUAUAAGUUUUUCGCGUUUGCAAGCUUGAGAAUUGGAACGAUUGGAUUUUUUUUUUGCGAUUUGGGUUGGGAAAUAUGUGAAUGUUUUCUUGGUGGUUGCUUGUAAAAUAUUACCAAUGAUACCAUGAACAGAAGAUAGUGGCUACCAACAAAAUAAAAAUGGAAAAAAAAAUAAAAAAAAUCGCUAGAAAUAUUUUCUCCAUUUUAAAUUCAUCCAUAAUAAAUUCAACGGCUGAAAAAUAUAAAAAAUUUGUGCGUUUAUAAACCACAAUAGUUAAAGGUUGCCAUAAGAAGGUAAAUCUAGUCAAAAUAUUUCGUGCCAAAAUUGAACCAAAACAAAAUUGUGAUAGAAUAAAUUUUCGUGUUGAGAGACUUAAAUACAAAAAUGGCAGUGAUAGCAGUACCAACCAUUGCAACAGCAAUCAAGGCAGGAGUGGGUUUAGUAGGUGUUGGAAAAAUUGCAGUAUUACCGUUUCUUAUUGCUGCUUUGAGCUAUUUUCAUUACGAUCAGUUUGAUCCAGAAAACAGACCAGUUGACAGAGACGCCGAUCCAAAGUACGACUUCAUAGUGAUUGGUUCUGGAUCCGCAGGAUCCGUAAUGGCAAACCGUUUAUCGGAAAUAUCCGACUGGAAAGUUCUUUUACUGGAAGCCGGCGGGCAUGAAACCGAAAUAUCUGACGUACCAAUCUUGAGUUUGUAUUUGCACAAAAGUAAACUGGAUUGGGGAUAUAAGACUGAAGCACAACCAACGGCGUGUCAAGCCAUGAUAGAAAACAGAUGCAGUUGGACAAGAGGUAAAGUGUUGGGAGGAUCUAGUGUUCUGAACACUAUGUUGUAUAUCAGAGGAAAUAAGCGUGAUUAUAACAGGUGGGCAAGUUUUGGUAAUGAAGGAUGGUCGUAUGAGGAAGUGCUACCUUAUUUUAAGAAGAGUCAGGAUCAAAGGAAUCCCUAUUUAGCUAAGGAUACCAGACAUCAUGCAGUAGGAGGUUAUCAAACAGUUCAAGACAAUCCCUACAAUACACCACUGGGAAUAGCGUUCCUAGAAGCCGGACAAGAAAUGGGUUACGAUGUCAGAGACAUCAAUGGGGCCAAGCAAACUGGAUUUGCUUUAUAUCAAUUUACAAUGCGGCGUGCAACUAGAUGCAGCACGGCCAAAGCAUUUCUACGACCGAUCAGAUUGAGAAAAAAUUUCCAUUUGUCUCUGUACAGUCACGUGACGCGGAUUUUGAUUGAUCCCACUACGAGAAGGGCCUAUGGUGUUGAGUUUAUAAAGCAUGGAAUAAAACAUAAAAUCUUAGCCAAAAAAGAAGUCAUUUUAUCAGGUGGUGCCAUCAACAGUCCACAACUUCUAAUGCUAAGCGGAGUAGGACCAGCGCAAGACCUCCAAAGUCACGGUAUCCCAGUCAUUCACGAUUCACCUGGCGUAGGAAAAAAUUUGCAGGACCACAUCGCUGUGCCUAUCACUUUUUUGAUUGAUCAUCCCAUUUCUUUGGUCCUCAACAGAUUAGUGAACUUGAACACAGCCCUCCGAUAUGCUAUAAAGGAAGAUGGUCCAUUGACUUCGUCAAUUGGCUUGGAAGCUGUUGGAUUUAUCCCAACCAAGUAUGCCAAUCGAUCAGACGACUGGCCCGACAUGGAAUUUAUGAUUCUGAGUACUACAACUGCUGCUGAUGGAGGUUCUCAAGUCAAAAAGGCCCACGGUCUUACAGACGACUUCUACAAUGCCGUUUUCAAAGACAUCAACUAUCGUGACACUUUCGGCAUAUUCCCAAUGAUGUUGCGUCCCAAAGCGCGUGGAGAAAUCAAAUUGCGUUCCAAAAACCCUCUGGAUUAUCCUUUAUUGUAUCACAAUUAUUUGAACAAUCAACACGACGUUAAUGUCCUAAGAGAAGGAGUAAAGGCGGCUAUAGCUUAUGGAAGUACCCAAGCGAUGAAGAGGUUCGGUUCCAGAUACUAUGAAAAACAGAACCAAGUACCGAAUUGUAAACAUUUACCCGCAUAUACUGACGAAUAUUGGGAUUGUUUUAUUAGACAAUACACUUUAUCGAUCUACCAUUAUUCUUGUACAAAUAAAAUGGGUCCUCAAGAAGACCCGUACGCUGUGGUAGAUCCACAAUUGAGAGUUUACGGUGUUUCUGGAUUGAGAGUAGUGGAUGCCUCAAUCAUGCCAACGAUACCGAAUGGUAAUAUUAAUGCUCCUACUAUUAUGAUAGGAGAAAAAGGAGCAGAUAUGGUUAAAAGUUAUUGGCUGGGCUUGGGGAAGAAAAAGAGAAAAAGAGAUUUAAGUGAUCAGCAUAAUCCGGAGGUUAUUUAUAACGCUAGGGUAGUAGAUGAGGGUCGUAUCAGUAGAGUUGUAGUGUAGACAUAUAAUUUAUUACAUAUUAAUAAUAACAUGUAGAUGAAAUGAAAUUAUCUAUGAGAUUAGCCACAAUAACUGGCGUAGACAUUUAGACAUUAGUCACUGUAGAGCAGUAGCGCAGGGAGAAAUUUCACUUAUAGAGGAAGGUUAACUACCAAAAAACUUCGCCUGCAUAUGACUUUUCUCGGUGCGCCCCUGCUUUAAACUUUUUUUGAAGUAACAAUCAGUGCAGAAACAACCUCAUGUGAUUUUCAUAAUUUUUUUUUAGACUGACAGAAAAAUAGUGUUAAGUUACAUAAAAGACAAAUAUGAUUGUAAAAAUACUUUAGUUAGAAACACAAAAAUAUUUACUUAAGGAGAUAUUCUGGUCAAGUAUUUCUAGUAGAAAGUUAAUUAGAUAUAAUUUUAGGGUAGAUUUUUGUAAAUCAUUUUUAGAGAUUUUUAGGACAUUCUUAGGAUGUAUCGAAUUCUAGAAGCCAUAUUUUUUUAUCAAAAUAUUUGCGUUAUCAAAUAAUAUUUAUAAAGUUUAGAUAAUAAUUUGUAUGAUAGGAUUCUGAUCUAACACCUAUGUUGCUCACAAACUGUAAAUAGUAGUUUUUAGGGGAUUUUUUCCUAGGGAUUUAUUUUUGGUAAUAAACAGAUAGUAGAUAAUA